AUGUCUGUCGAUGUAUCUGACGAGCUGCCGGAUUUCUAUGCCUUUGGUGUAGCACCUGACCCGCCGGAAUCGUACAAUCAGAUGCACCCCGGCACGUAUUCCAAACCUGGCUUACCACAGUGGUACCGCUUCUUUCGCCCUAUCGAUAGCAUCCUCGAAUCCUUCAGCCCAACCCAUCAAGUUCAAGGAACUUACCCUCUGGGCAUCUACUCCAUCACCACAAAAGCCGAUCAAGUACCAAACGAGCUUACGUCUAAUAAUGGCCAUGACUCAGUUGAUAACGGCUCAGUAGUCGAUACUCGUGCCUCGCUCGAUUCUGUUACAGCGUGUUUCAACAGCAUAACCCACGAUGCACCUGCAUCUGGCCCCUCUGACCAUGCUAAUUCUUCUGACGAUGUUCACGUAUGCGAUGAGCAGUAUCCCGAGGGAGAUGCCAUCCAUGACGAUGCUCAUACUUUUGAUGGCACUCUCUCACAAAGUUCCCGCAAUUCCAACGAGGGCGAUUCCGAAGAUGAACAUCAGUCUGAUGAAAAUGGUCUACCAUCUUCUCCUCCAGUACACGAUAAAUCUGCGUAUUCUGAUGGUACUCGCUCUGAGGUUUCCCUCGGUGCCGAGGAAUCUGUCUACAAAGAGUCUGGCAACUUUGAGGAUGCUCGCUCUGAAGUUUCCCUCGAUGCCGAGGGAUCUGUCUACAGAGAAUCUGACAUCGGCGGGGACGCUCACUCUGAAAGUAAUCACGAGUCCGAUGAGACAACCCAUUUACCGGCAACCAGUUUACCAUCUUCUCUUCCAGCACAAGGAGACUACUACCGUGGCUCCACUCGUCUUCUAGCGAAGAAAUUAGGAGCAGACAAGAUGUUACGACCAUGGCCAGUAGCUCACAAAAAACACAGGCCAAGACGGGGGGAGCAAAACGAAGAUGAAGAUGAAGAUGAUGCUGAUUUUUCACAUAUUGGACUGCAGGACCUCAGCCGAAAGAGGUCAAUAGGCCUUGAUGAUAACUCUGACAUCUAUGGUGAUAGUGAUGAAGAUCAAAUGCCACCGCGGAAGAUUCCUAGAUCCAAAGGAAACUUUGUUACGAAAGCAUCACCAGCCGCACAUAGAACACUCGAUGGCCAGAUGAUGCUACCAAAGGAGAGAUUAUCUGGGGGCAAGAUGUUGCCGGGAACGCAAACAUCAUCAGAUAUGGAAUCACAAGGAAUUGAUGAGGCACCAAGCGCAAAGAAAUCCCCGAGUACCAAAGAGUCCUUGGGAAGACGAAAACGCGCAUGGGAUGCGGUUGAAGAGAGCGCAAUCGAGCAUGAAUUACGAAGACUCAGAGAUGAGGAAAAAGAGCAAGGGUUAACCGGGAAAUCCGGGAAAAGAGACUCAAAGCUUUGGAAAUACAUAUCAGAUGUUCUUCUGAGUCGUCACCAAAUCGAUCGAUCUCCAAUGGCAUGUAAAUACUACUGGGGUCGACACGGAAGGGCGAAGACGGGGUUUGACGAAAGAGCCGAAAAAGAUCCCACGCGUCUGGCCACUUCGGUUCAAACCAAGAGAGCUAGCUGA